GAAUCACUCACCUAAUAUUCAUCUUAUUUUUAACUUAUCGUCUCCUCGUAAGGAUAACAACAAUUUUCCUUAUAAAUUUAAAGCUUCGAGAAACCUCAGAAAGCUGAGAAAUGAUCAAUAACGCGUUUAAGACAAUCCGACCACUGCCUGAAGGCACCAUCUCUUUCUUUUCAUCACCUUCUAGAAUAGGCCGCAAAGUUACUGGAUUUAGUUUCGCGACAUCUCCUGACCAGCAAAAGAUGGAUAAGAACAAGAAGCCUGAAAACACAAACGAGAAAACCGGAGACGUGAUGUCGCAUUCGUUUGGAGAAGGAUACGCUACAAGGUCUGACGAAGAAGGUUUUGGAGGAACUUAUGGUGGAAAUCAAACUUUUCAAAAGGAUAAAGAGGUCCAUGAGAAUCACCCUGAUUACGAUAAAACUCAAGGUAGCGAAGCAAAGGAGAAAGAGAAAGCUAGAAACCAGACGUAAUAAUCACACCGGAAGAAGAAUGAACGAAUGAAUUUUGUUAUCUGUAUGAUGUUAAAAAUAAAUAAAAAAAUCAGAGACUUAUGCUCUGUAGACUGAAUUUUCUAUUGUGUUUUGGACACGUUAUCCUUGUUACUAAUGUAAUACUCGUUGAAUGAA